AUGAGUAUUUUGCCACUUUGGGACAUCGACACAGCUGCAUCUCACGUGAUAGUUGUUGCUUUCAUGGCUCACCCACUUCAGGUGGUAUAUGCCACCCAACAUGUGAAAUUCCAAAUGUAUUUGUUCAAUAAGCACAUUGAGGACAUCUGUUCGAUGGAUGACGAAGAAAACGAAGAAGAAUUGGUGGAUGAUGAAAGAUAUCAAAAAGAAGUGAGACGUAGACUCAAUUUACUGGUCAAGCGACAUUGUGAACUAAAAAAAUGGCGGACUAAUUGUCUUGAAGUAAUGGACAAGUUGAUACUACCGUUUAGUGCAGGCGCUGCUGUUCUUUUAUUUAUGGGCAUGUAUUCUUUCCUGUUUAUAGGAGAAUCACCGAUCAUCGUCGUAUGCUGUGAUCUAAUCUUUGAUAUGUUCGCUAUUUCGUGCAUUGUUGCCACAAUUAUGGCCGGAGAAGCGUUACAAGACGAAUCUGAAAAUACCUUCACCACACUUAUGCUAUCGAAAUGGUACAAUUUUAAUUGCGAAAAUCGGAAGAUUUUUCUGCUGAUGUUGUGCAAUAGUGUGAAACCUAUAAAUCUGAACUUUUCAGGAGAAAUUGCUAUCAACUAUCGUCUAGGAAUGGCUGCUGCGUUUGCUGCAUUCGUACAUUUAUACGAAAAUAACUGGAUCGACGACCUCAUGAGUCCUUUUCCAUUUUGGGACAUCCACGCAGCUGACGAAAAAAUUAAAACCAAAAUUAAGAAGGAAACGAAAAUAAUUAAAACUUACGUAGUUUUGACGGCAUUGGGUAGUUUAUUGUGGGGUAGUCUCGUUGUUUACUCUUCGUUCGGCAGAAAUUCUGUUUCAUAUAUACCUGACUACAUUUUCUCUGUUGUAAGAUUGACAGCCCACGUGAUAAUUUUUCUUAUCAUAGCUCACCCAUAUCAAAUAGUUUACAUAACUCAAGUUAUGAAAUUUCAAAUGUAUUUGUUCAACAACUACAUUGAGGAAGUUUGCUCUAUGUAUGAAGAAGAGAAAGAUGAAGAAAAUUUAGUGAAUGACCAAAAGUACCAAGAAGAAAUUAAUCUUAAACUCAAGCUACUAGUCAGAAGACACUGUGACUUUAAAAGGUGGAGAACGCGCUGUUUAGAAAUUAUACACACUUUUAUCAUACCAUUUAGUGUGGACGCUGGUGUUCAUUUAUUUUUGGUCAUGUACUUUAUUGUGACUAGAGAACAAUCGCCAACGAUCGUUAUAUGUUACAACGUCAUCUAUAUAUUCCUCCUUCUGUCCGUCUUUGUUGGUGUAAUCGUUGGAGGCGAAACUUUACAAGACGAAUCUGAUAACACAUUCACAACACUCAUGUUGACAAAAUGGUAUAAUUUCAACUGCGCCAAUCGACGAACUUUUCUCUUAAUACUGUGCAACAAUAUGCAACCCAUAAAGCUCGACUUUUCCAGAGACAUUGCUAUCAACUAUCGUCUAGGGGUGGCCAUUUGUAAAGCGGUUUACUCGACCGUUUCAGUUUUCCAUUAA